AUGGAGUCACAAAAGGUCACCUGCGACGAUGUGAACAAGCUUGUCGCCAUGUGCUCCAUAAAGCAGGAUAGGGCCAUCACGUCGUUCCAGCAGUGCUCUUCCAGCCUCUUCGUUCUGCUAUAUCAGCGUCUCUACAGCUGCACCAUUGAAGGCAUUGAAAGCUCACCCUACACGCUGCAGCAGAAACAAGGGAACGUCACACUUGUCUUGAAUGAGUUGCGAGAGAAACGUGGCAUGGACGUUACAGGCAUUGACGCGGAGCAGAUCAUUCAAUUCAAUGAAGAACACAUCAGUCGACUCAUCAGGCUUUUCUUGGGCAUUGCGCAAGAAAUGCGAAGGAAAAAAGAAAUGGGUGACGCGCUGUCUGCUCCACUUGGCUCUAAAAAGUCACCUUCAACGCGAGACGCAUUUGUCGCAGCGUCGGCGAGACCGGUGUUGGCUGAGUUACCAAACAAAUCCGCAGAAAAUGGAACGUGGUAUGCCCCAGUAAGGACUGUUGAAGAAGGGAAACAAGUGUUGCACAUCGAUAACGUGUUGGCCGCCCCAUUCCCUCAAAAGCAUGUGAAGGCCGCUUUUUUGCACCUUGACGAGGAGCGCCUUGGUCAACCCCAAGGUUCAUUCGCGUCCCCGCAUCAGACACAUCACGUUCAUCCUCGUCAUAUCCGGGAAAUGGACGACGGAGUGGGUGCGGGUAACGCUGCCGUCAUCAUCAGAGGUGAGGUAGAGGAAGACGACGAUGACGUUGCUGGUGCCUUGGUGAUGGGGCCUGCCGUGAAGGAAGAACACGAAUAUGGUGGAAGCACGGGUAGUUACGGCAACGGGGAUGAGGAGGAGGAAAUACCCACCAAGCGGUUGGUGGAUGCGUGGAGCGCCGAGGUGAUUCCACCCAGGCGCUUCAGUAAGGUGAUCAAGUCCUCCUGUAUUGCAGAUAUUCGAGAGCGGUUGCAGCUCAUGGAUGAACGACUGAAGAAUGAGGACCGGCAACGCGAGAGACGUCAACAGGCUGCAGUGCAGCGUCACGUUGGCGUCAGCGAGCCUGAGGCAAAAGACACCAGACACAUCAAAAGGCACGAGAGACCAAAGGUAGUGUUACCGCGUAGUCUUGUUCCUGAUGCCGUCUCCGCAGAGGAUUUACUUCGUCAUGAACCGAAGCGCAUGAUAGAUUACACGCUGCGGAACGAAAAGAUAGAAAUGCUUCGUUCCAUUCGUUUCAUCGAUGACUUGCAGAAGGAAAUUCGACGAACGAUGGUGCAACGCCACAACGACGCAACGCGACAGCUACGCGAUGAAGUCCGAGAGGCAUUAGAUGACGAUCGGCGGGAAAGGUUGGAGCGCAUGCGCCAGGUUAAGGACGAGGAUCAAAGGUACCGUAGUGCCUACAAGGCAAUUAUGGCUGCGGCGUGUAAUGACCUUCGUACCGCAAAGGACCUUAUGAUGGAGCGUACCAGACAACUGGCGGAGUAUCAUUCACACUCGCUGCGUGAGAGUCGCCGCAUGUGCCAAUACAUGAAGCGGGAGAGCAAGGAACGAAUGCGGCACGAUCUCCUUCGCUAUGCGAGUACUGUAACAGGGUGGCAGUCGCACUUUGUCAGUUAG